AUGGUUGAAAACAAUUGCCCCAAGUGUAAUCAAAAAAAUAAAUAUCGUCAUUGGUGUCAAACUUGCUACCCCCAAUAUUUUCAAGACGAGUUUCCUAAUUGGUCAAGUGGUAACCAAAUUAUAGACAAUUUUAUUCAAGGAAUUCAACUUAGUGCGACUGAAUGGGAGCAUUAUUUAGAAUGGAUUCCAUACGAAAAACUAGUUGAUGUCCAUUAUUUGACAAAAGGAGGAUUUGGGAAAGUCUAUUCUGCAGUGUGGCCGGAGGGACCAAAAGUCCGUGAUGAAUACAAUGUCGAAUUUUUUUGUAGAGAAGAAAACCAUCCUGUUGCUCUUAAAACCAUUAGUCAUUUGGGACCAACCGUUGAAGGAUUCUUUUCCGAGAUUAACAAUUUUAUUGAUAGUAAGUUUUAG